UCAACAUGAUGGCUGACUUUUUAAGUUAGGGAGAUUUGUGAUAACUUAGCAAUGGAUCGUGAAUUUGACGUGAUAGGACAAUACCGUGCGAUUACUGCGAAGCUAAAAAGGCGUUUUCUGAAAAAACCUAAUGUCUCUGAGGCAAGUGGUCAGUUUGGUGCUCUUGCAAAGGAGUUGAAACGACAGGACUGUCCACAAUAUGCUGGUUUCUGUAGUCUUGCCAAGGCGAGAUGUGAAAAUACGCUGUCUAAUGGAACGGGGGAAGUCGAGGCGCUUACUGAAGCUGCACGUCUGUUUUUAGAAGCAGAGAAAAAUUCCGUGGAGUUGAGGUGUCCAGCGUUCGAGGAACACUUGACUGAAGCUAUACAUCUCUUCAAUCAGGCUAUUAAAACUCACUGUGCCCAGGGUAAUUCAGCGCUAGGAGCUUGUUUGUGCCUAGAAAUAGGCGAUGCCUUGAGACAUAUGAACCGGCCCCAUGAAGCUAUGGUCCAUUAUCAACAUGCUGCUGAGUUACAGCAUCAGAAUCCCAUUGAUGCCCUGCAGUCAAUGACUUUGGUAGCCUCAUGUAAAAUUGAUACAGGUGAUUUUGAUGGUGCCUUGUCUGUAUUAACUGAAAUGGCUUACCAUGCAGAAGAAAGAGGAACCAUGAGCCAACAGGGAAAGUUAAAGGGACCAUACCAAGAGAUUUUAGCCCACUGUGAGAUUGGACGUGUUCUUCUGUUAAUGUUACUUCAACCAACACCACAGCGAAUUCGUCCUCAGCAUGCUCAAAUACUUGAGAAGUACUCAGAGGAUUCAGAUCCUGCUGAAAACCCUGUGGAUUACAUGAAUAAAGAUCUCUUCCUGUUGCUUCAGUCAGUGGUGAUGGUAUGUCAGUUGCAUGAUGUGGAUGCUCUUAAAGAGCUAGAGAAAGAACUAUGGACUUACCUUGAUCCUGAGCAACAGCAUCUUCUUCAUCUUAUCACUUUAAAAUUUUCAAAGAAAGGAGAAUGAAAAUGUGGUACUGUUGUCAAGUACAAUUUCAGAAAUCAGAAAGUUUUUCUCGAUACAAAUGUCAAAGUAUGUGGAUAUUAAAAUGCCUGGAUGUCAAUAAUUAAUUGAAAUGAACUUAAAAGAACUGUAAUGGUCUGGUGAGUAGUUACAGUAACACAGGCCACAACUUCUUUUUGGAAAGUAAAAUAAUCAAUUAAUUUAAUUUACAUAGAGAAAUAUCAAGUACUUUUUUAUAAGCAAUGAACAGUACUAUUGGCUAUUGGUUGGCUGGUGUAAUAACCCACACAGAUUGCUGAAGAACAUGAGAAGGUUUAUGGAUCACAAGCCAGAGACAAGUGAUGAGCAAACUUUCCUAACUUCAAUUUUUAAAGGUGCAAUAAAGGAUAGUAUUCUGACCAA